AUGUCAUCCCAGGGUCAGCCAAGUCUCCUUCAUAAGUACAUGGGCGUCUUGUUCUCCACCAUGUCUUCAGAAGAACUUCUUGGUUCCUUGGACUCUUUUGAUGCUAGAGAAGAUGACAUAUUUCUGGUUUCCUACCCCAAAUCUGGCACCCACUGGCUGGCAGAAGUCAUCGAGAGCAUUCCCAACGCUGGCAUCACGCUCACAUCUCCUAUUGAAUUGGGAGACAUUUCCAAAUUUGAAGAGCUAAAAAUGGUUCCUAAGAGAAGAGCUAUCCCGACCCAUCUGAACUACGAAAUGCUUCCGGUGACCGUGAAACAGAAGCAGUGCAAGAUUAUCUACAUUGUCAGAAAUCCGAAGGAUACAGCUGUGUCCAUGUUCCACUACUACAGGGACAACCCCAAUCUCCCUCCCGCAGAGACAUGGGCUGAAUUUUUAGAGCUGUUUCUCAAAGGAGAUGUUGUGUAUGGUUCCUGGUUUGAUCACGUUUUGAGUUGGGAAGAACACAAAAACGAUAAAAACGUCCUCUUCCUCUUCUAUGAAGAAAUGAAAAAAGAUUUUGUUAAGAGUCUGAAGAAAAUAACUGCCUUCCUCGGCAUUGAUGUGAGUGACAGCGAGAUGGGUAAGAUUGCUCGGAGUACGUCGUUCAGUGAAAUGAAAAGUAAUGCUGCCAAAGAAAACUGUGAUCCCAAUCACGUCAUUUGUGCACUCACGUCCAACAGGAGGCUGGUGUUCAGAAAAGGAGUGGUGGGUGAUUGGAUAAACUACUUCACUCCGAAGCAGAACAGAGUCUUUGAUGAACUAUUCACAGAGAAGAUGAGAAACAGUGAAGUGGGCAGGUUCUUGAAGGAGUACGCACAAUCGAAUGGAAAAUGAAGUGGAUUCCGUUCUCUGCCAUGUGGCACCUGGGACACGUGUAAAUAUGCUUUACUGAUGUGGAAAGCAGAUAGUUCUUUCCAUGAGAAACACGUACUUCCAGAAUGUGUCAAAAGCGGGACUCAUGAGACACUAUUAGCAUCAUAUUUGGUGACAGCAGAAUUAUUAAUA